CUGGUCUCCCUCUGGUCCUCCUUAGUCCUGCUGUGUUGCUGCUCUGGGGUUGACUGGGCCCCUCUGUCCUCCCAUCCCACCCCAGAGCUGGGGGCUGUUUUGGGGAGGGUCUCAUCACAUCAGAUGUGGGCGUGCUACAGUAGCCCCACCCCCCGUGUCUCCGUCUGAGUGGGACAGCCCAGGAGAAGAAGCGGGAAGCAGUGUUUAAAUGCGUUCCUGAGACAACGUCAACAGUGGGCAGCAUCACAGCUGAGUGGAGUACAACACAGAGCAGAGAGCUGUCCUGUCCUGUCCUGCAGCUAACAUGUGGAGGGAGCCGGGCUGCUCCUCCUCUUCCUCACACACCCCUCAACCCAGGACCAGGAAGCCCUUCUACCAUGGGACUCCUAGCAGCCAUAACCAGAAGAGAACGUCGUUCCGACACCCUGUGACUGGACAGAUAUCUCCAGAAAACACUGAAUAUAUGCUCCACGACAAGACAGAGUCCCGGGGCAUGUCCAAGCCACCGCCACCGGCCAGUCAGAGGCCCCCCAGCAUGGUCAGCCAGACUUCCAAGGCUGUGACCUCAUCAACAGUGGAUGUCACCUCAGGGUCAAAGCCGCAGGGCUCUAGGAGUAGUGGCAAGGUACACAGCUUCGGCAAGAGGGACCAAGCCAUCAAGAGGAACCCCAAUAUCCCUGUGGUGGUCAGGGGAUGGCUCUACAAACAGGACAGCUCUGGAAUGAGACUGUGGAAGAGGAAGUGGUUUGUGUUGUCUGACUACUGCUUGUUUUAUUACAAAGACAGCAGAGAGGAGACGGUUUUGGGGAGCAUCCCCCUGCCCAGUUAUGUCAUCGCCCCUGUGGAGCCUGAUGACCACAUCAGCCGCAAGUAUGCCUUCAAGGCGAGCCACACAGGAAUGCGCUCCUACAUUUACAAUAAGAACUCUGUGAUUGGCUCGCAGGCAGAGCACGGUGGGAUGAGGACGUACUUCUUCAGUGCCGACACCCAGGAGGACAUGAAUGGUUGGAUCCGAGCCAUGAACCAGGCUGCUCUCAUGCAGAGUCAAGGCAUCAAGAGAGAGGCAGUCACAGAGAGACCAGAAAUGUCAGUGCAGCAGGCAGUACCACAGACCAACCACGUUAACAACAACACCAGUAAGAGCCCCUCCCAGUCGCGUUCAGGGAGCCUCCAGCGGCCCGAGAGAGAGGAGCCUCCGGAGGGGGAGAUCCGACUGAGCCAGGGGGACGAGGAGAGGUACGUGUUGGAGGCUCCUAGAAAGCUCAGCCAUCCAGCCACGGAGGUAGAGGUGGACAGGCUCUCCCCAGACACUCUCCCUGGCCCCUCACACCCCAGGAAUGGCCUGGCCCACAAAGUCCUCGCCACGCUGCCCCCUGAGCAGAAUGGGAACGUUGUGUAUAAGAGGGGCCUUGUCCCACGGACAGCCACAGAGAAGCAGGUGCAGAGGAAGACUGCUCUGGCUCAGGUGGAGCACUGGGUCAAUGUACAGAAGGGAGAUCCCAAGAGCAACACAUCUACUACUGAGUACUCCCUCCCCCUCCCUCGGCGGACCCCUCCCCUGCAGCCUAAGGCCGUGGUAGUAGAGGCCUACCAGACAUUGCCAAAGACCCCCAGACUCCCGUCUGGCGGGAGCUCCCCUUCGGCGCCCCGCAACCUGCCCAGCGACUACAAAUACGCCCACGACCGGCUCAGCCACUUCCGCAUGUCCACCGAUGAGCGCAUGGCCACCAAGGAGGGCAUGGUAUGGCAGCUGUAUGAGUGGCAGCAGCGCCAGCAGUUCCGCCACGGCAGCCCCACGGCGCCCAUCUACACCGGGCCAGACUUUCUGGACACCUCCUCCUUCAGGGUCACUGUGGAGAUGCCUCGCUCCAUCUCUGUGCCCCCUUCCCCCUGUGAAGUCCCCCCAUCUGUCCCCACCUUCAAACCACUGUCCCCCCACAGGCCACACACCCCCUCAGACAGGGUGACGGUCAGGCCGCUGGAUGAGGUGCCACCUGGGGAGUCGCCCACCGGCUCCAGUUCUCCUAGACGGGUGUUUUCUCAGCUUUCUAAGACUAGUCAGCUGGAGAGACGGUCAAUGCCAGCCAUGGGCUACAUCACACACACAGUCAGCGCACCAAGCUUGCAUGGGAAAACGCCGGAGGAGUUGACCCUGCUGCUCAUUCAGCUCAGGAGUCACCAGGCCAAGAUGGCUGGUGUCCACGGCGACGCCCUCCACCACCUACAUCACAACGGCCUCCUAGGCCCCAGCCUGCAGGCAGAUGAUACUUACAUGCAACUGAAGAAGGACCUGGAUUAUCUAGAUCUGAAGGUGGGCCCCAAGAGAAAAGAUCAUAUCAAAAGUAUUGACCCGUUGAUCGUUAUGGUACACAAUGUGUUAGAAAACACCCCUCCAGGUUUUGGGUCCAGUUGGAAUGUUACGGGCCGUGAAACUCUAAAAGACAGACCAUCGAGACCUGUUCAGAUAGCAGAGAGCGAUGUUGAUGUGAAGUUAAGCCGACUGUGUGAACAAGACAAGAUCCUUCAGGAGCUGGAAACAACAAUACGCACGCUCAAGGAAGACAAGGACAAGUUGGAGUCCGUGCUGGACGUGUCCCACCAGCAGAUGGAGCAGUACCGGGACCAGCCGGCCCACCAGGAGAAGAUAUCCUACCAGCAGAGACUACUGCAGGAGGACGUGGUGCACAUCAGAGCUGAGAUCUCUCAGGUGUCCACGGAGAUGGAGAAUGCGUGGAAUGAGUACAGCAGCCUGGAGAGAAAUGUAGACUGGUUGAGGACAGCUCUGGAGGGCCAGAUGAACCGCAGUGGUCUCUCUCAGAAGGAGAAGUCCCAGAUCAAGAGGGAGUUGUGGAGGAUUGAAGACGUAAUAGCAGGCCUCAGCUCCAGCAAAGCCAACUACCAAGUCACCAUCUCCUCUGUGACCAACCCAGAGAGAAAACUUGUGCCUUCCGUGUCGCCAUCGUCAGUGCCUUCUCUGUCUGCCAGUCCCUCCCUGGGAGAGAUAAGACUGGCCCAACAGCACAGCCCCCACCUCAGCCCCACAACCCCCACCUCCACCCAGCACACCACCGCAGCCCUCCCCAUAUCUGUGUCAAAAUGGGCAAAUGAGGGCGCCCCUCCCCGACCACCACUACCUCAGCUAUACAGUCCUGAGGACCACGCCCCCGCCGUGCCUCCGCUGCCCAGGGAAAGCAGCGUCAUCAGACACACAUCUGUACGAGGCCUCAAACGACAGUCUGACGAACGCAAGCGGGACAGGGAGAUCGGCCAAUACACCAACGAAGACAACAAGGUGGAGCUGCGCACCUUCCUGAGUGAACCUGAGCUCCUGGGAGUGGGAGGGUCUGGUCACAUGAGGAUGGGGGCCUUGGGGCAUGAUGGUGGCUACCAGACCCUGCCAAGCAGAGGGCCGGCUGGCUCCUCAUCCAGGCUAAAUCAGUCCACAAACAUCUCCUCAUAUGUUACCCUCAGAAGAGGAGCCUCAGCCGCCUCAGGCCUGAAGGAGAGACCAAAGAGUGCCUUGGAGCGUCUGUACUCUGGGGAUGUGCUGCAGCAGCAGAGCAGGGGGAGGAUGAGUGCUGAGGAGCAGCUGCAGAGGAUGAAGAGGCACCAGAAAGCUCUGGUCCGCCAGCGCAAGAGGACCCUGAGUCAAGGAGAACGCCAGGCCUCUUCAUCACGAGCCUCCUCCUCCUCAUCAUCACAGCAACGCCCCCUUUCCGCAGACCUGGGCUCAUGGAGGCGAGAGCAGGAGUUUGACCUGCAGUUGCUGGAGCGGGCGGUGCAGGGGGAGGAGACGCGGGGCGUGGUCCAGGGUGAGGAGUGUCCAGCAGAGCACAGUGAUAGACCUCGGUCCCAGUCAGAUGAGUGGCUGACCCUCCGCUCUACAGCCACGUCCACACUUACCCAGGAGGUGGAUCUGGAGACGCUGGACUAUGACCUGGACCUCAGCCGAGAGCUGGCCAAACCUCAGAAGGUGUUAAUCCCUGAGCGCUACAUAGACACAGAGCCUGAGGAACCUCUCAGCCCUCAGGAGGUGGAGGCUCGCCAUCGCAACAUGGAGCGCAUCAAGAACAUUCUGGCCAAGUCCAGUGUUCAGAUCCUGGCGGGGCCCUCUGUGGCGGUGGACCAGCCAGAGGUGGUGGGUCUGGACUCAGCCCUACUGAAGCAGGAGAGGAUCAUCACCAUGUCUUACGCCCUGGCCUCAGAGGCCUCCCUCAAGAGCAAGCAGGUCGCAGCCAAUGCGCUUUCUGGACACUGAGGUGCUGUUCCAUGAUGACAAUACAACCUGGAUUCUUGAAGAAAGAAAGACUUUGUUUGGUGCUGACAGUUACACUGUUAUACAGUAGAUGAGUGUUAGUGAACAUUUAACCUGCCCUCAGUAGCACGCAGCAGGACUUACUCGCUGAGGCAUUUUUAGGAGCUAAAAUGAAGUUACUAUUUUCUUAAGAAAAUGUAUGUCUGCCGUGAAAGCUGCUGUGCAUAUUAACUUUGGAAGUGUGUAACAGAUGUUAAUCCCAUAAUAGAAAAGGUUUUAUACAUGUUAUUGCACUUUUAGCAUUAUACUGUAUCAUAGUGAAGAACUGAAAGAGAUAUUUUCAAGGUGAGAAUAUUUUGUCUUGCAGUGUGAUCUGAAUUUGGAGGGAACUUGUAUUUUUUCAAAAAAAAGUUAAUGAGAGUAUUCACCAACUGGAAGGUUGAUAUGAACAUGAUAAGGUACUGAACAUGUGUCAUGUUGAUUGUAUUUUUGUCAAAACUCAGACGAUAUUCUUACACCAAAUCACUUGAAAUGUAAUUUGUGUUUGUAUCUAGCACUGCCAGUCUCUUAAUGGCUUGCCAAAUUGAUUUUUUUAUUUUUGCUUACAACAAUAACAUUGAACAUAAUAUUUUCUGGAUGGCUUGGGCAGGUUGCACAAUGAUAAUUAUUACAAAUGUAAAUAUUAAAGAUAUUAACAUGA